GCAACCGGGGUCAAAGAUGUGUUGGGGUCAGAUUUAGUAAGAGCCCAAUAAGAUCUGUGUUAAAACCCAACAUAGACUAGUACGUAGACUAGAUCUAGAUCCUUAUUCUAGAUCUACAUAGUACAUAGGCUAGCUAAAUCUAGAUUCUAGGACCUAACUUAAACUUAAGUACAACUACUAUCCUUAUGUACUUUUUAUGCAGGAGGUUCUUUUAAUUUGAUAAUUAUUUGUCAUGGCAACAAAAAAACUUUUACGUGCAAUUAUUAUGGGGGCACCUGGUUCUGGUAAGGGAACAAUUUCAGCUCGAAUUGUCACUGACUUUGGGGUAAAACAUUUGUCAAGUGGUGAUUUGCUACGUAAACAAAUUCAAGAAAGAACAGUAAAUGGCAUGGCAGCUAAAAAGUAUAUUGAUGCUGGUGAGCUUGUUCCAGACAAUGUAAUGCUGAGGAUGGUGAUGUAUGAACUUGGCAAUUUACAACAACAAAGUUGGCUAUUAGAUGGUUUUCCAAGAACAGUAGAGCAAGCAAAGUCAUUGAUACGUGACCAACCAAUUGACAUAGUUGUAAAUUUAAGAGUUCCUUUUGAAGUUAUAAUAGACAGAAUAAAAGGUCGUUGGACUCAUUUAGCAAGUGGUAGAAUUUAUCACACAGAAUUCAAUCCCCCUAAAGUACCAGGAAUUGAUGAUGUUACUGGAGAGCCAUUAGUUCAACGUGAUGAUGAUAAAGAAGAGACAGUAAAGGCUAGACUAGAGCACUAUAGGCGUCUAACACAUCCUGUCCUCCAGUUUUUUAGAAACAAAGGAAUAGUUGAGGAGUUCACUGGGAAGUACUCAAAUGAAUUAUGGCCUCAAGUUCAUGAAGCACUAGCACAAGUUUUGAAACCUAUAAAAUAUACUCAUUAUGAAUAGCAUAAAUGAAAACAAUUUUUUGUUGAUAAAAAUAAAAUGUUGUAUUUGUUAUUAUUGGGUUUUUUUUUAAGUGCUUUUCUUUGUAGUUAUACUACUAUACUACUAUGAAUUCACAUAAUUUAAAAUGUAAUCUAUUAAAAUGCAUGUAAUUAAGUUUUAUUGACAGUUUAACUUUUUUUAGUUAAUAUAUACAUGUACAUUUAAAAAAACAAUAUAUGGCAUAUGUAUGAACAUUUGAAAAACAGGAAAAGAUUAAGGUACAUUUUUCAAAUUACCACGGAGAAUGCACAUUGUUAAAAUGUUUUAAUAUUAUGAUCCCGGUUUAUAUUUUAUAUCUGUAUACAUUAAUUUAUUCUCCCUCAUUUAUUCAAGAUUUUGUUGGUUUUUUUUAGUUAAGACUAUGUAUCUUUUUAUAAUAUUGAUUUUUCCCAAAAGAGACCUUGCUAUUGCUUGUAAUAGUUUUAGAUUAUUUGAGAAUCAUGUUCACCAGGAUAAUUAAAAUGCUUUACAAUUUUGUGCAAUUAAAUUAAAGUAGAAAACAGUAUUUUAUCAUUUUUAUAUUUUUUAAAUUUAUGUUGAUGUAAUUAAGUCUGAAUUUAUCAUUAUAGUAUAAGUAAUACCCAUACAUGUUUUUAUUGCAAGUCUUUUUACUAAUUUAGUUUUGGGGGUUCCUGGUAUGUUUUCCAAUUUAAUUAAAAAUGUUUUUCAUUUCUCUAAUUUUCAUUCAAAUUACAGUAGAGAAUUACUUCUUCUAAAACAUUUAUAUCAAUACAUUUUUAUGUUUAAAAAAUUAAUGUAAAGCUGCUUACUGUAACCAAGAAAAUAAUUUUAGUUCCAGUGUGUCUUACCUGACAACUACUCUUUAACUCACCAUGAAAAGACAUCAAUCUUUAUCUACCUGACUUUUUUCACUAUGUGAAUGUGUAAACAGAGGCCUUGUAACUUGAAAUUUUAAAAGUUUGUUUUCAGUUACCCUAUCUCAAUUGCUCUGGAUAUGUAUGUGACAUUGCAAAUGUGAGGUUCUUGAGUCAUCAGUGGCUAUCUAAAUAUACAAAUGUAUGUAAUGCUGUGUAUGUUGACAAAAAAAAACCCUUCUAGUUUUCAUUUUCUUUAUUUUAAAAAUUAAAAUGAAAAAUUUACUGGUAGCAUUUUUGAGAUUGUUGAUGGAAAUUCAGCCACCUCAGUCAGUAAUCAAAUGGGCCUGCUGGUGGACAUUGUGAAAAAGUUUUAUCACAUUUUUCUUUUGGAAGUUUCUUUAGUUAACACACACUAGCAAUAAAAUACGUUAAAUAGAAUGUGAUGUAAAGUAUUAUUUAUGCAAAAAUCCUGUAUGGCAAAUUUAAAACGAGUUUUAUUUAAUUUUCAAUCAUGAGAAGUUCUUGAUCAUUUAACUCACCCUGUGAUUAAGAGAGAAAACAGGUAAACACUUGAUCAGUCUACUUAAUAAGGGAUGUUAGCACUAUUUUACUCAAAAAGUGAUAAAAAAAAAUUUGAAACUGUCAGUUAACGUGUCUUAAACUAAAGCUUAACGUGUGCUUAUGAUAAAAGGCAUCCAUCCUUGGUUAUACAUAGCAUUUCAAUGUCGCAGCAUUUUUUUUUCAGUUGUUUGCUAAAAUAUUUUUAUAAUAUUACUAUGUAAAAAAAAGGUGUGCUUAUUAAUUAAUUAUACAUUAAAAUUAUUUAACACUGUU